UUACGAUCAUGGCGGCGACACACGCUAUCAGCAAGCCGACGCGGCACAAUCAGUGGUACGAUGAGGACCUGACUGAGGUCAACCCACAGAUCCGCUCUCUCUUAGAGACAUACUCAAAAGUGCCGCCGGAACGCGUAGUUCCACAUGUCAACGCUAUUCGAGAGCGCGGCUUUGCUGCCAACCCUUACCCUUGCAUCGGGCACUACCGAUUCCUAACCCUCACACUUCUCACGCACCCUCUAUAUGACACAAUCCGCAAGCGGCUGAUCGAAGACCCCUCGACACGCUACCUUGACCUUGGGUGCUGUUUCGGGCAGGACCUGCGAGAAUUAGUCUCCGAGGGUGUGCCAUCGGAGCAGCUAACGGGGCUGGACAUCGAGGCGCCGCUGAUGGAGCUGGGCUACGAGUUCUUCCUGGACCGCGAGACGCUGAAGUCCAAGUUCCUGGUGGCCGAUAUCUUCAAGGGCGCGGAGCAGGGCGAGCCGUGGACUAGCCUGGAGAAGGAGAAGGCUGAUAUCAUCCACUGCAGUGCCUUCUUCCACCUCUUCCCGCUGCCGGAUCAGAUCCGCGCCGCCAAGAAUGUUGCGCGCCUCGUGCGCCCCAACGGUAUUAUCGUCGGGCGGCAGUCGGGCAGCGUCAAGCCGGGUGAGGUGCCGGCCAUCGCAGAGGGCAGUACGAGCUUCCGGCACGAUAUCAGCUCGCUCCAGAGCAUGUGGGAUGAAGUUGGUCGCGCAACCGACACCGAGUGGAAAGUUAGCGGAACCCUAGAUACCGUGGGGAUGAUUGCAAAGAAGAACGCUGUUGAAGAUGAGAACAGCCGAAGGCUGUUGUUCACCAUCACGAGAGUCAGAUGAGAGAGAUCAUUCUAGAAAUCGCUACUAUAGAAGCAUUAUAGUGUAUAAUGCAAAUAUUAGAUUCCAACCC